AUAAGGGAACGCUGACAGUUCGACGAUGACACACGGCGCCCGUCGUUACGGAGGCGUACGUGCCGCGACGGCUAUUUUUUCCCCGUCCCUUCGCUUCGCGCGUUCGUAAUUUCAGUUCCGCCCCGGCGAACGCGACACCGCCGCGCCGCAAGGACGAGAACCGACCGAGUCGAGUGAGGAAAUUCAGCACGAUCGAUUGCAAUCUGUUCGACUCGCGUGUCUGCUGCCAUCGCUGUGUUGCUCAACGAUCCAUAUUCUUGUGAAGCGUAUUAAAUCUUCGAAUCAUGGACAGCCUGUACCCGAACUUAAACGAGCGAUUUAAAAGCGAGGGAGUUUGCCCGGUCUGCCUGAUGGAGAUGGAACUGGCGCCCAGGUACACUUGCGACAACGGUCACACGAUUUGUUACCGUUGCAAACCGUACUACUACGCCUGUCCCACCUGUCAGUGGCCGUUGGAAAUGAAGCAGCCCUCUCCGCACGCCGGUCCAUCUUACCCGAUGCCCGCGCCUUCUCACUUCAUGCCGCACCCUCUACCACCGCAAUUCCACGAACAUCAUCCGACUGCGCCCAGCCUGGAUUUUCUUAAUAACGAGAGAACCCCGUAUCCGCCGGCUCCGUCCGCGGAUCAGCAACUUGUGCCAUGUUCGUACGCUAAUCUCGGAUGCUGGGUGAAGAUCCCGUUGCACCUGAUAGACCUCCACGAAUCUCGGUGUCAGUUCCGACCUCAUUUGGAGGAGGAGAGCGUUCCCACGGACGUGUUGCACAGGGACGAGGACCAGGUCCAGUGCAGGCACCACACGGUCGGUUGCAGGGUGCGAACGUCGCCAUGGCGUAUCUCGAUCCACGAGGCUCACUGCGGCUACAAGGACCGUUUCGAGGCGUUCGAAGGGCUGGGCGAGUCAUUGGGUGAGAUAACGAUCACGAGCGAGGGGUACGGCGACCCGGAGGAGCUGCUGGUAUGCAAAUACAGGCGGUACGGUUGCAUGGUGCGGAUGCCCAGGCGGCGGAAGCUGAUGCACCAGGAGAAGUGCAACUACCGGAAGUAUCACAGCGAGGGAGACGAUUCGUCGACGGAGGACGAGCGCGAUCCGAACGAGCUGGUCAUCUGCAAGUGGGCGAAGUACGGCUGCAUGGUGAGGAUGCCGAGGCGACGGCAGUCGAUGCACCAAGAGAAGUGCAACUACCGUAGGCCCGAGGAGGAGGAGGAGGAGGAGGAGGAGUGCGAUCCGGACGAGCUGGUCGCUUGCAGAUGGGCGGAGCACGGGUGCCGGGUCAGGCCGAAGCGCGGCCGCCUCGAAAGCCACGAGGAAAAAUGCAAUUACAGGAUGGAGGAAUGCGCGUUCAAAGAUAACGGAUGCGCCGAGCUAAUCCAUCCCUGCCGGAAAUACGCUCACGAGAGACGCUGCCAGUUCGCUGAUUAAAUCCUCGAUCGGCCCCCGCGUACUUUAAGCGAACUAGAAUUUGCCGUGUCCCGGUUGCACUUUGUCGGCACUCCGGACUUUGUGCCAAGGAUAAACUAUACAACGAUACUCGUAAAGUGGAAACGUUUCUCCGCGACGUUCCAUUGUCCAUGUUUUAAGUAGAACCCGUUCGAGAGUUUCGCAACACUUUCGGCCACCGGCCGAUGCAUUUAUUGCAACAACUAUUGUCCGCGCUCGCCAUUGUGCAGCGAAUGUCGUAUUUAUUCGGUUUGAAACAACUCCGCGAGAUAAUAAAGCGGAACUAAUUUUCGUUUCGCUCGAAUCAUCGUAAUUGAUGUUUCGAUAGAAAUCAACGUUUAUUCGACCCUUAACGAUCGUUUAAUCCUAAAUUUAUUAUUGCCGAUCUGCGAGACCGCUACUAAUUGUGUACUUCUUCAUCUGUGGUGAUGAUGAAAUUGUAAGAAAAAAAUGGUAAAAAAUGAAACCUUCAUUAUCGAUGUGCAAAGUAAAAACUGUUCAUUUUAAUUUCUCGUUUACCACUUUUAUGUCGACAAUAACGCAAUAAACAUUACCGGUCUGUGGAAUACUUUAUCUAAUAUGCUUUCAAAAUAUUUUAUUCGAGAUAAAACUUCAUCUGAUUUAAUAUCCGAUAAUGUGAUAUUUCUGUAAAUUGAGCAAUUAGGCGAGAAUUGAAAGUACACUGAAUGAAACCGACCCAGUAACCGUGGGCCGAGGGUUAACCUUUUGCACUCGAAGCCAUUUUAACUGUAAAUCUAAAAUCAUUUUUCUGACUUGUAUUACUUUCAUUUUACACGACAAAGUGUAUUUUAUGCGUACGAAAUUGAGUCUUGCGAUUUAUGCAACAGCUACACUUUCAGUAAUGUUUCAAAUCUAAGAUUUAAUAAUAUAAAAAUUAUCUUAGAACGUGAUAUAUAACAAUUUUUUAAUGGUGCCUCAGAGUCACUAUUCGAGUGCAAAGGGUUAACGAAUAAGAUAAAGGUUGAAAGCGUUGUCGAGCCGCAGGGAAACCAUUCCGCUGACAGACACGAGACUUGCCGAUAUUCUUACGGUUCGUACACGAAGCUUUAUCCAUGCGGUAAAGUUCCGUAAUACGCGGCGUUCUUAAUCUUGCCGGCGCAUAACAGGAAGACGUACAAGCUGCCUUGGCUCUUCGAAAUAUCGAUUCGCAUCUAGGCACACAUUGCUCCAGACGGCAGUCCACCGAGCACGUCGAAUACCGCGCUAUUAAUCAAAUUAUCAUUAAUUAGGUUACCAUGGGGACAGUUUGCUCGAUAAACCUCGACACCGGCAAGGAGCAUUCGUUAAACGUUAUUUAUUACUCUUAACGAAAGCGCGCUGACCAACUUCGUCGAGUUACAAUGCAUAAAUUGUUCAACGUGCCUUAUUAAUAGACCGCGAACACCUUUUGCAUUCAUUGGUGAAAAUUGGUUUAAAAAGUACAGGAGAAACGUCGCAAGUAUUUACAAAUAUUGUUACGCUAUUUUCAAUUCAUUAAAGACAUUCAAAGAAA